ACACACCUUAUGUACGUAAGCAAUGUUGUACAAGUAUAGAAAUACAACUAUUUUGAGUUUGUACCCUUCACACGUAGUACUUAGUACUAACUUUGCAAUACUACACUGUCUUUACUCUUGUUCUUGUUUUGGUGGUUGGUUGUAUUGAAGCAAAAGUGUUAGGUGGAUAGAUUAGAUGUAUCUUGUUCUGUUCUGUUCUUCACCUUCUUCUUAUCUCUUCUUUCCCCGUUGCAUGUGCCGGAUUUUUCGGUUCUUGUUUCCAUAAUUCACCUCCUGGAACAAACACUCUCUUAUUGGAUUUGAUGGGAGAAGCAGGUGAAUUACGAAGUUGGGAUGAAUUGAUUCCUGAUGCAUUAGGGGUGAUCUUUACAAAUCUUUCUCUGAAAGAGAGAGUGACAGUGAUUCCAAGGGUAUGUAAAUCAUGGUGUAAAGCAGUGUCUGGACCUAAUUGUUGGCAAGAGAUAGAUAUUGAAGAAUGGAGCAACUAUUGCCAACCUGAUAAACUUGAUCAGAUGCUUCAUAUGCUUAUAAGUAAAAGCUGUGGAUCUCUCAGAAAGUUGUGUGUUUCUGGUCUUCAAACUGAGACCAUUUUCACUUUCAUUGCUGAAAAUGCUGGUUCCCUUCGGAGUUUGAGACUACCAAGGAGCAAUAUGAGCGAUUUGGUUGUGGAACAAAUUGCUGGAAAAUUUUCUGUGAUAACUUUCUUGGAUGUGAGCUAUUGUAUCAAAAUUGGUGCAUGUGCAAUUGAGAUGAUAGGCAAGAACUGCAAACUGCUAGAAGGGUUGUGUAGGAAUAUGCAUCCAUUGGAUACCGCCGGCAAGCCAUUACAAGAUGAUGAAGCAUAUGCAAUUGCAACCACAAUGCCUAAGCUCAAGCAUCUUGAAAUGGCUUAUCAUAGGAUCAGCACUUCCGGGGUAGUUCAAAUACUUUCAAACUGUCCAAAGCUUGAAUUUUUGGAUCUGAGAGGUUGUUGGGGUGUCAACCUAGACGAGAACAAGUCCGCGAAGCAGAGUUUUCCAAAACUUAAAGUUUUGGGGCCUUUUGUUCUUGGUGCUUAUGAGAGUGAUGGUUGGGAAGAUGAUGACUACUCAGAUGUAUCAGAUGAGUAUUUAGCUUGGGAUUUUGUAGCUGGUAAUGAAUACUAUGUUGAUGAUGAUAGUGAUGGUUAUGAAGGAAGGAUAGAUGAUGAGCUUGAGUUUGGAUUAUAUGAAGGGAUAGAAGAUGCUGGAAUGUAUUGGCCUCCAUCACCAUAAUUUGAUUGUAUCAUCAAUUACAUUUGCUAUUAAUUACUAUUGUAUGGAUUUUCUAGUAUGUGUGACUAAUGCUUCAACUUGAAUUUUAUGUAUCAAUUAAUCAAUGAUGUGUAUUUUUCUUGAAGAUUAA